AUGAUGGAUACACUACUCCCGCAAUCUUUUCCCUCCUCUCCCUCAUUCCAGGCCACUCGGUCAUCUCGCUCCUCAUCUAAACGAUCGCACCUCUCUCUCGACCUCUCCAAUCUCCCCGCCCUCUCGCAACCCGCGCCACCAACGAACACUCUCCUCAUAACCGAUUUAAAUGACCUGACUCUCUUCCAACCACCAUCUUUAACUAACAUCCGCGCCCAACUCGAAUCCAUCGCGCCGCUCAAUUCCUUCUCACCUCUUCCUUCCUUCCGCCGCAUCGUCUGCUCAUUCCACAACGAACAGGACGCAAUUCGUGCCCGCCAGCUCCUUGACGGCGCAAGCCUCCUCAAUCGUCCCGUACGCGCAAAGAUCUACUUCGGCGAGCCAACGCCCCUUCUAAACUCUGAUGAACACGGCGUCAAGCACAAGCUACUCGAGGCCCCGCAGUUCGACAAGCUUUUCUUCAUCAGCCCACCACCGAGCCCGCCUCACGGCUGGGUUCUCCGCAAUGAGGAUCCCCCGAACAAGGAAGUCCACGCUAGUGAUCUCGCACAGGCACUCGCCCAGUUGAAGACAGAGCAGUCUGCGUCUACUGCUGCGUUCUCAAACAUCUACGCUACAGGAAACCAGCAGUCGGAUCCGGAUACACCCAUGUCUAUUUCAUCCGAUAAGAGAACCGGCAGCUGGCCCUUGUCGCAGCAGCGCAGCAGGAGCAGCACUCUCAUCUACAACCCUGAAGAACACGGCAGCAGCCCCAACCUCCCUGCAGUCAUGGUUGAGGAUACAACCGCUGACCCAGAUGAUAUGGAUGUCGAGAUGAGCCCGAUUGACAUGUCGGUCAAGCAGAUGCCUCCAAAGACUGUCCGGCCACCGGUCGAGUUGAUGCACUGA